CACUGGAGAUGGCCAUUGGUCUUUAUGAAUCCAUUUUCCUGCCCAUGCUGUUUAUGAAAUCCUCACAGGCGCCACAGUACUUAUGACCAAUGCUGAUCCCAGAGGCAGGACUACAAUGGAUGGUCUGCAGAGUUUGGGUGAUGUGACUGCAGAGAUUUUUGGACUGCCACUAGAGGGACAUUCUGUACAGGAAAGCAAGCCUUUGAAGACAGAAGAUGAACCCCAAGGGGCCCCCUUGAAGCCACUGGUGUUCCGAGUGGAUGAGAGCACCCCUGGGCUCGUACAGAGUGUCCUCCUGGAGCGUGGGUGGGACAAGUUUGAUGAGCAACGUCAGGAUGUGGAGGACUGGAAUCUGUACUGGAGGUCGUCCUCCUUCCGGAGGGCGGAAUAUGUCAAUGUCAAACCCUGGCAGAGGCUCAACCAUCACCCAGGGAUGACCAAUCUCACCAGGAAGGACUGCCUGGCCAAACACCUGGCGCGCAUGAGAAGUCGCUAUGGUGAGUCUCUCUAUGAGUUCACACCCCUGACAUUCAUCAUGCCCACUGACUACACCAAGUUUGUGGCCAAGUACUUCAAGGAAAAGCAGGAUUUGGGUACCAAGCCAAGCUACUGGAUCUGCAAGCCAGCAGAGCUGUCUCGAGGGAGGGGGAUAAUCAUUUUCAGUGACAUCCGAGACCUCAUGUUCAAGGGCACGUAUGUAGUACAGAAGUACAUCUGUAACCCCUUACUCGUGGGUAGGUACAAAUGCGACCUCCGCAUCUAUGUCUGCAUCACUGGCUUUAAGCCUUUGACCAUUUACAUGUACCAGGAAGGGUUAGUGCGGUUUGCCACGGAGAAGUUUGAUCUCAGGAAUUUGGAAGACUAUUAUUCCCAUUUGACCAACAGCAGCAUCAACAAAUUGGGGGCCUCGUAUCAGAAGAUCAAAGAGGUGGUGGGUCAAGGCUGCAAGUGGACCCUCAGCAGGUUCUUCUCUUACCUCCGCAACUGGGAUGUGGAUGACCUGUUACUGAGGCAGAAGAUCAGCCACAUGGUGAUUCUCACAGUCCUGGCCAUGGCUCCCUCAGUCCCCGUCACCUACAACUGCUUCGAGCUUUUUGGAUUUGACAUCCUUAUUGAUGAUAACCUGAAACCGUGGCUUUUGGAAGUCAACUACAACCCUGCUUUGACCUUGGACUGUUCCACGGAUGAGUCGGUCAAGAGAAGCCUUGUCCAUGAUGUUAUUGAGCUAUUAUACUUAAACGGCCUCAGAAGUGAGGAGAAAAAGUGUGGGAGAACUUCUCCAGGAAACUCCGUGGUCUCCCUUGCCAGGAGCCAUCACCAUGAGUUUUGUGCGACCCCCAAUUCCUCUUCCUAUGCAUCUCUCAUAGAGUUUACGACGGGCAGUAAAAGCGACCCAGCUGUCCAGAACAUCUGUCCCAAGCACACUCGAACCUCCCAGUUGAGAGAAAUGAUGAGCAGGCGGGACAGACUUCUGACAAAAGAGGCAGCCAAAAGCAAGCCAAGGCACAAGGCUUGGCACUUGCCUCGCAAGAUGGUCUUCCCGUAUGCGUCUCAGUCACAGCCUCACAAGAUGAAGGGGCCUGCGGGCGACCUCCCGGAAGCUGGAAGCACACCAAACGACCACGCCGGCAACUUUGUCCUCAUCUUCCCGUUCAACAAGGCUACUUUCAGAGCCUCCAGGAAUGGGUUAAAUGUCAAAAGAAUCAUUCAAGAGCUCCAGAAGCUAAUGAAUAAAUAACUCUUUAAGUGAUAAAAGCUAAAAUGAAGAAGUGAGGUGAAUUUUUGAAAAGUAAAGAUUUCUGUAGCCAGGGGAAGCCAUAGGGCCAAGGCCCUGACCCGCACCUUUAGCACACACAUUGUUACUGGGUGCAGAGGCACAGGGUGGAUGGUCAGACACCGGUCACACUGCUACUGUCUCGAAUGCUACCCAUUACCACAAUCAAACAGUGUGUUCCUUAUAACGUAAGGGGGGAAAAAGAACAAAAACAAAAAAUAUAACAUCUUAAAGGGAUUUC